AUGCAUGUCUGCCGCGAGGCCCGCUACGCGGUGCAGGACCGCGUGCGCUUUCGCGCGUCUCACGCGGCGGGCUGCCCGACGCCGUUUCGUUGCUUCUGGCCAGAGCUGGACGUGGUGUACCUGGGCAGCCAGGGCAUCUACUUGAUGCACCUGUUUGUGUGGCCCGACAGCCGCGUGUUUGACUCGUCCUCGCUGGAGCCGAGCCGCGAGCGCGACGAGCUGCUGAGGCGGCUUCUGCAGACGCUGCUUAGGACGCGGCCGUUUGCCGCGGCGGCGGUGCCGGGUCAUGCGGUCAUGAUCAAGGAAGUUUUUUCGGCAGUCGUGGGUGGGCCAGCUGCCGCGGCCGGCCCGGGUCUUGGCUGUGUUAUGUGGUGCCGACGGCCAAGAAGCUGA